AGGUCUCCAGUCCUCUCUGCAGCAUGGGGAAGCACAGGCUCCCAAGCCUGGCCCUGCUGCAGCUGCCGCCACCGCUGCUGCUGCUGCUGCUGCUGUUGCUGCUGCUGCCCACAAAUGCCUCAGCACCACAGAAACCUUUUAAUCAUUUCCCUUUAGCUCUCUGGAUUUCGGAAUAUCCAAACUCCCCCCUGGAUGGCCGUGGCUGCUUUUCGCAGCUAGUGAAAACCAAGUCUUUCCAGCUAAAGAGGCAAGAGUAUGAGAUGCAGCUUGAUGUGAAUGCCAAGAUCCAAGAAGAAGGAACAGGUGUGGAAGAAACUGGUAAAGGGCUCACUAAGAUCACAAGAACUAUAACGAAACUAUCAUUUGUGAACGUGGAUACACAUUUCAGACAAGGAAUUCCUUUCGUUGGGCAGGCCAAAUACAAGGAUAGCAAUGUCUGCUAUGGAUUUAGAUGGUUGACAGAAGAGAACGUAGAGGCUUGGCACACUGCCAACGCUGUCUUCUCACCGAGCAGAAGCUUCGUGCACCUGGAAUCCCUGCCCGAUAAACUGCGCUGUGAGCAAACCCUGGCGGUCCAGGCUCAUUAUAUUCUAAAUGACCAGGCUGUGCUGGAGCGGAAGGAGUUGGUCUUCUAUUAUCUGAUGAUGGCAAAGGGAGGCAUUGUUCGGGUGGAUUUGGUCUUCCAUCCAAAUAUCGGUCUUCCGGCCACACGUGCCCUCCUCAGUGUCAUGGCUUCUCCUCAGUCUCUCUGUGGCCUGCGAGCUGUGGACCAAAGCGUACUGCUCACAAAGCCUGAGGCCGAGCUCUCUGCAUCCCUGGUUUAUGACCUGCUACCAGUGAAAGACCUCACUGGCUUCCCCGAGGGUGUGAAUCAACAGGAGGAAGACACUAAAGGCUGCAUUAAGCAAAACGACACUUACAUUAAUGGAAUCCUGUACUCCCCAGUACAGAAUACACAUGAAGAGGACAUGUAUGGCUUCCUAAAAGAUAUGGGCUUAAAGGUAUUCACCAACUUGAACAUCCGUAAACCCAAAGUCUGUGAACGCCUUGGAGUCAAUAAAAUACCAGCUGCGUACCACCUUGUAAGCCAAGGCCACAUGGAUGCUUUUCUAGAGUCUUCAGAGUCUCCCACAGAGAAUACACGAAGCUACUUNCCGGAGACGUGGAUCUGGGACUUGGUGAUCGUGGACUCAACAGGAGUGGCUGAAAUGGAAGUGACAGUCCCUGACACCAUCACUGAAUGGAAGGCCGGGGCCUUCUGCCUGUCCAAUGACACUGGGUUGGGCCUGUCUCCCGUGAUCGAUUUCCAAGCCUUCCAGCCCUUCUUUGUGGNUCUCACAAUGCCCUACUCGGUGAUCCGUGGAGAAGCCUUCACGCUCAAGGCCAGUGUGCUGAACUACCUCCAGACGUGCAUCCGGGUUGGUGUACGGCUGGAGGCAUCUCCUGAUUUCCUAGCUACCCCAGAGGAGAAGGAACAAAAGUCUCACUGCAUCUGUAUGAACGAGCGGCAUACCAUGUCCUGGGCGGUGAUCCCCAAGUCAUUAGGAAAUGUGAAUUUCACGGUGAGUGCAGAGGCACUGGANUCUAAGGAGCUGUGUAGGAAUGAGGUGCCAGUGGUUCCUGAACGUGGAAAGAAAGAUGCGAUCAUCAAGUCCCUGCUGGUUGAAGUAAAUGGUAUCCAGUGCAGAGUGGCCUUUCCUGUGGCUGAUGUGCUUCUUGCCCUAGGUGCUGAGGUAUCAGAACAGAUAACUCUGAAACUGCCAUCAGAUGUGGUAGAGGAAUCUGCCCGAGCUUCUGUCACAGUUUUGGGAGAUAUAUUGGGUUCUGCCAUGCAGAACACACAGGAUCUCCUCAAGAUGCCCUAUGGCUGUGGAGAACAGAACAUGGUUCUGUUUGCUCCUAAUAUCUAUGUCCUGGACUAUCUGAAUGAAACAGAGCAGCUGACACAGGAGAUCAAGACCAAGGCCAUUACCUAUCUCAAUACGGGUUACCAAAGACAAUUAAACUACAAGCACCGGGAUGGCUCCUACAGUACUUUUGGGGAUAANCCUGGUAGGAGUCAUGCCAAUACCUGGCUCACAGCNUUUGUACUGAAGAGUUUUGCUCAGGCUNGAAGGUANAUUUUCAUCGAUGAAUCACACAUCACCCAAGCCCUCACCUGGCUCUCCCAGCAGCAGAAGGACAAUGGCUGCUUCAGGAGCUCCGGGUCACUGCUCAACAAUGCCAUGAAGGGAGGAGUAGAAGAUGAAGUCACUUUGUCUGCNUACAUCACCAUCGCUCUCCUGGAGAUGUCUCUUCCUGUCACUCAUCCUGUUGUCCGCAAUGCCCUCUUUUGCCUGGACACAGCCUGGAAGUCAGCGAGGAGAGGGGUCAGCAGCAGCCAUGUCUACACUAAGGCACUGUUGGCCUAUGCAUUUGCCCUUGCUGGUAACCAGGACACGAAGAAGGAGAUACUGAAAUCACUCAAUGAGGAGGCAGUAAAAGAAGACAAUUCUGUCCACUGGACCAGAGCUCAGAAACCCAGAGUGCCAGCAGAUCUCUGGUACCAAUCCCAGGCUCCCUCAGCUGAGGUAGAGAUGACUGCUUAUGUGCUCCUGGCUUAUCUUACCACUGAGCUGGUUCCAACCCAAGAGGACCUGAAUGCUGCGAUGUUCAUUGUGAAGUGGCUCACAAAGCAGCAGAAUUCCCACGGUGGCUUCUCUUCCACCCAGGACACGGUAGUGGCUCUCCACGCUUUGUCCAAAUACGGAGCAGCCACUUUCACAAGAGCGAAGAAAGCUGCGCAUGUGACCAUCCAGUCUUCUGGCACAUUUUCUACAAAAUUCCAAGUGAACAACGACAACCAGUUAUUAUUACAGAGAGUCACGUUGCCAACUGUGCCUGGGGAUUACACCGCAAGGGUAGCUGGAGAGGGGUGUGUCUACCUCCAGACAUCCUUGAAAUACAGUGUUCUCCCAAGGGAGAAGGAGUUUCCAUUUGCUUUGGUGGUGCAGACUCUGCCUGGGACUUGUGAGGAUCUCAAAGCUCACACCAGCUUCCAGAUCUCACUCAAUAUCAGAAAUGUUCCAGGAAGUCAUUUAGCUCCUUUUGAUUUCCAGGUGUCAAAUCAGACGCUGACCUUGUCCUUCAUGGUACAGCAAGAUAUUCCAGUGAGAGACCUGAAGCCAGCCAUAGUGAAAGUCUAUGAUUACUACGAGAAAGCGGGAAUGCCAACAGCAGCUGCAGAGCACCACAGCAGGAGGACCCUGGAGGAGGCGGUGGGACCGNGGCCACAUGGGCCAGNGGCCUGUAGCUAUGACUGCUGUAAGAGCCUAGUCGCUGGGAGCAGCCGCGACCACUGUCAGCGNAUUGAGCCAGAACUCUCGCUACCCAGCUGA